AUGAAUAAAUUGAAACCUUUAUCCUCUUCAAUUAUUCCUAGAAUACGUCAUUUUUCUACAACUACAUUAACAAUGACUAAUCAACAAACAGAAGAACCAAAGAGAUUUGGAUUAGAAAACCAAAUCAAGAGAAACCCACAUCCAGAUUUCACCAAGGUGGAAAACUCAAGACCACCAUUUGAUUUUGAUAGAGUUUGGAAUUAUACCCAAAUCCCUGAUAAAGAUUGGAAAGCUGGUUCAGGAGCUAACGAUUCGUCAUGGAAACAACAUAAAAAAUUAACUAUUGAUCCAUAUGGAGAAGGAAGAAGUCCCGUUGAUAAUUACAAGACAUUAAUCAGUGCUGUUGUUCCUAGACCAAUUGGUUUUGUUUCUACAAUUUCCAAAGAUGGUGUUCGUAAUUUAGCUCCAUUUUCUUAUUUCACUGUUGUCAACCACGAUCCACCAAUUUUCACUUUGGGAUUUUCUGGUGGUAGAGGAAACCCAAAGGAUACUGCCCGCAAUAUUUUAGAAACUGAAGAGUUAACAAUUAAUAUAAUAAGUGAAUGGUUUGUUGAAGCUGCUAAUUAUUGUUCUACUAAUGCCCCACCAGGAGUCGAUGAGUGGAAAUUAUCUGGAUUGACUCCAGUAGAAUCUGAAAAAGUCAAACCUCAACAUGUUGCCGAAUCUGCCUUCUCAAUUGAAGCCAAAUUGGUGACUUCUCAUGAAUGGAAGUCUAAAUCCGAUCCAAAUAGAGCUACUGGGGUAUUGUGUAUUGUUGAAGGUGUCAAUUUUCAUGUGAGAGAAGACGUGAUCAAUAAAGAAUUGAAUAACAUUGAUAUUGCAAAAUUGAAACCUGUUAGUAGAUUAGGUGGUAUAACUUAUGCUAGAACUGUUGAUGGUUUUGAAAGAUUAAGACCUGAUUUUGAUAAGGAGUCCGAAACCCCUGAAGUCAAGGAAUUGUUAGAUUAG